UUGCGCCUAAUGUCUGCCGAAUUCGCGAUUGUCUACGCUGCUCUCAUCCUUCAGGAUGAUGGUAUUGAGAUCACUGCUGACAAGCUCUCUACUCUUGUCAAGGCUGCCGGUGUUGAAGUUGAGCCCGUCUGGUUCUCCCUUUACGCCAAGGCUCUCGCUGGUCAGGACCUCUCUGCUCUCCUCAUGAACAUUGGUUCCGCUGGUUCUGCUGCUCCUGCCGCUGCUGGUGGUGCUGCUGCCACUGGUGGUGCUGCUGAGGAAGCCGCUGCCGAAGAGAAGGAGGAAGAGAAGGAAGAGUCUGAUGACGAUAUGGGCUUCGGUACGUAA